UUCGCUUGCUUAGAUCUGGCCUGGUGACUCCUCACAGCGAUUUUCGAACGCUCAUGGUAUUGGUUCAACAUUGGAGAUAAGUGUUGCGACGUGGAUUGCGGCGAGAACAGACUUGAAGGUCGGUGUUGACCACCAUAUUCAUGCCGCCUCUUGUCUCCGAAGACCCGGACGAAGUGUCCAGUCUUGAACAAGACUCUGCGGCUCCUACGGCGCCUUCCUCCCCGCGACCUGAUGUGAGUGAGAAUGCAGCCGAGGGCAGCGUCGAAGCGGACAUAGAGAUUGGAAAUGAGACGACAGCGUCAAUACAGAACGUCCAUCAGGCGACAGAGGCAGACCACUCUUCGCAUGCGCCCAACCCCGACGACAGUGCAUUAGGCGACCAGUUACAAAGGUCCGCUGAGGAGGGUCUAAGCGAUGCUGAGGCCGAGCCCGAAACAGGACCUACUCCCCAGACCGACGUAAAGGAAGAGCUGAACGAAGACGUCUCUAUGCUAGACGCCGACGCCGACGCCGACCGUGAAGGAAGUGGCGAAGUCAGCGGCAAUACUGCGCAAGAUGCUGAAACGGAUUUAGAUGCAGACGCAGAUGCGGAUGCGGACGCAGAUAUGGAAAGCGAAGAGCCGGACCAAGAAACUGCAAAUCUUGAACUUGCAGACCAUCAACAAGACGAAGAACAUGCACAGGAUGAUGGAGCUACAAACAAAGCCGAUCCGAGCAAGACAUCACAGACCACUCCCGACGAUGAGCCCGACUCAAGCGAAGACGAGGCUGAGGACACGGAAACCUCCAGGUCGGAAUGCAUAUUUUGCAAGAAAAGUAGCGCAGGCGAAGAAGGCGCAGAAGCAGAUUUGAUAUGCUCGAGCUGCGAUUCGCAGGCGCACUUGCGAUGCGCUAAGGAGAAAGAGGUUGUUGAAGACGAAGACACUUCGACCUGGCGGUGUCCUGAUUGCGUGAAGAAACCGGCAUCGUCGGAGUCUCCACAAGAGCAAGCCGCGCGGUCAAAGAAUUCGGCACCACGACUUGUUAGAGACCUGUUACCUGUCACUCGCGGCGUGCAAAGGCCCAAUGCACAUUCAAUAUUCGCACAACCCCUUAUAGAAGAGGGUGAGGAUGGCGGGCGCGCUCUCAGGAAGAGAAAGUCCCCUUCUGAGCCUCCAACCACCGAUAGGAGGCGUCGGAAAGCUACACCGCGGGCACAGGAAUCAGCGACAGCAGCAGAAACCAAGGCCGAAGCCGAAAGAGCCGUUGCCCACUCAACCAGGAGAUCAAGUCAGAAGAUCUCAAGGCCCAUUGCACGCAUUUUGCAGCACCGUCCUUUCGAGAAAGCACCACCACACAAAUUCAUUCUUGCUUUUAGACUAGAUCAGUCGAAGAUUGAAGAGAUACUGAGCAGACCUCCGCGUCCAGGCAAGAGACGAGGUGGAAGGGAAAAGAAGAAAAUCCCAAAGAUCGAACCGCCUAUUUUUCAACCGCCUGUGCCCAAGUUUCCAGCACUGCCAACUCACAAUCUUAUUUUCCCUUCAGCAUUCACUGACAGGGAGGCCGAAAUCAAUGCGAAACCGUACGGCGGCAUCCUUUCAGAAGCGGAAGCUGACACAUCACGGUCACUACCGCAAUUGAGAGACCGAGAGAUUUUCGAAAUUGCGAGGAAAGAAGCAGAAGAAGAACGACGCAGAACAUCUGCGGCAGCUGAAGCGGAGAUCAACGGGGAUAAUACAGCAAUAGCUAAGCCCAACCGAACCGUGUCAGGUCCGCCUACGAAGAUCAAAUGCAUCCAAUUUGGUAAGUUCGUCAUCGACACUUUUUAUGCAGCUCCAUAUCCCGAAGAGUACUCUCACGAGUCGAGGCUCUUCAUCUGCGAGUUCUGCCUCAAGUACCUACCUUCGGAGUUCGUUGCCUACAGACACAAAUUGAAAUGUCCUGCCAAACAUCCUCCUGGGGACGAAAUCUAUCGAGAUGGGACCCUUUCGGUCUGGGAGGUCGAUGGACGCAAAAAGACCGAAUACUGUCAAUGUCUUUGUCUGAUGGCGAAGAUGUUUCUCGGGUCAAAAACACUAUACUACGACGUCGAGCCUUUCCUCUUCUACAUCUUGACCGAAUAUGACGAGUUCGGAUAUCACUUCGUCGGAUACUUCAGCAAAGAGAAGCGACCAGCAAGUCAAAACAAUGUUAGCUGCAUAUUGGUGAUGCCCAUACAUCAGCGCAAGGGCUAUGCGACGUUUCUGAUCGACUUUUCAUACCUGUUGACAAGAAUAGAAGGCAAAGACGGAUCGCCUGAGAAGCCUCUGUCAGACAUGGGAUUGACCGCAUACCGAUCAUAUUGGGAUUUGACCGUGUCAAGACACUUGCUUGAUAUAGGGGUGAAGCCCUUCAGUACCAAGUCGUUAAUGGCCAGGACAGGCAUGACCGCCGAUGAUGUGAUUCACACACUCGAGCGGCUAUAUGCUUUCAUUCGCGACCCAGUGACCAAGACCUAUGGCAUACGAUACGACAAGAAGCUGUAUGAGCGCGUUGUGGAGGAAUUCGAUUCGAAAAAGCACCGAAAGCUGAGGCCACAGAACCUUGUGUGGACGCCAUAUAUCAUGGGACGCAGCGACCAAGCUACCUUGGACGGUCAACCUCUUCACGCCAUGGCUCCUCGCGACGACGAAGAUGACGAAGAAGAGAACGUUGACGGCAUCGAUGCUACGACCAAAGCUGACCAAGCCCUCGACGCCGAAAUAGAGCUCUCACCAAAAUCCAAGACCAAAUCAAUAGCAGCAAUGUCGCGGCCGGCAUCAGUGGCCGGGGAUGAAGCAGAUGUCAAAGAUCCGUCUCUCGUCAACGACCAAGGCGUCGUCGCCCCAGGACCACCAUCAACCGAUGCUCUCAACGGCACAGUGUCAACGCAAGUCACACAGCCCGAAGUCAAGGUUAAUGGCCUUGUCAACGGCGACUCGAACGUACAAGCCGAGAAAGAAGCCGACAAGAAAGACGAACCCGUCGAGGAACCACUCAGCGGCUACGCCCUUGCAUUUCGCACCCUCGCCAUCCCUCCCGCCCGCUUCCAGAUCGACCCGCCCAUCCCGCCGGCCAUGCUACGCCAGCGCAGCACCAAGAAACGAACUCAAGCUGCUGCAUUCGGCCAGAAAGCCAAUGGUAUUGGUCUAGGCGACUCACCUUCAGUCCCUGUCGCGGUGCGCAGUUCCCCGCGCAACGCACCGAGUAUCAACGGCAGUGCCAGCGGUACUCGGACUGGUCGCGGAAGUGGAAGUCGCCUCACGAGUCCGGACAAAAUGCCCGAUACGCCUGUGCGCCGGAGUGGACGAAGAAGCAGAUUGUCGAAUACAGUGGAUGUAGCGUCUGCAAAUAUCGAUGGGGCUGUUGAUGACGACGAGGACGAGGACGUAGAUGACGACCAAGACGCCGAUGUCGAUGUCGACGUUGAUGCCGAUGCCGAUGAGGAUUCUGCGGAAGGCGAAGGCGAUGACGACGUGCAAGCCAGUGUAAAACAGGAAGGUCAAUCCGAAUCUGAAGCACAGUCCGAGUCCGAGUCAGAUGCAGAGGCAGACGCGGAGGAUGAAGAUGUUUCUGUCGCCGAAGGGAGCGUUCAAGAAGAUGAAGAUGACGAUGAUGACAACGACGAGGAUGCUGAGAUCCCUGAGGACGACGAAGAUAGUAGUAGUGAAGACGAAGACGAUCCUGAUGCUGAGGUCGAUUUGCCGGAUGAUGAUGACGACGAGGACGAGGAUGCCGAAGUCGAUGAGGAGGAUGAUGACGAUGAGUAGCGUGCAAGAUUCAUCUUGUCGUUCUCCAAGUUAAAGUUCAGCUUUCCUGUUGCACAUCCGCCCAUCAGAGACUAUUGGGAAGUAAGGGAUUGGACGUUGAUACCAGAUACCAGAUACUUUCAGCGCUUGAGCUCAACAUAGCCAAAUCCUAUUGUUACUCGAAGCAGUCUUACACAGGCCACGAGAUU